AGGCCGCCAAGACCAUACCCUCAGAGAACACCGGCCACACGAGCGUGGAAGUGGCGCGGCUCAUCAACAACAACGCCGAUCGCGACGAGACGGACGGCUUCGGCAGCAUUGGGACCGGUCUGAUUUUCGUGCUCUUCUGCAGUUUCUUCAGCAUUGGGGUGCUCCAUCUGUGCUGGUCGAAGCUCGGCAACAAGUCCUUCUUCAACAUCGGAGUCAAGCCCGAAGCGUUUCUGUCGCUCGAGCUACUGGCGCUGGUCGGCUAUGUGCCCAUGCUCGUACUGCAGGUCAGACGAUGCAGAGACCGCACAAGACCCGUCAUCCAUCCAUCCAUCCAUCCAUCUGUUGCCUACUCUUUCUCCUUUAGCUUCUGACGGUCUUUAUGAGCGGCGGCGAUGGCGAGGUGGCUGAUGCGGUUCCCGCCGCGACCAUGGCGGCCAUUUUGCUGGCGGUCGUCAACAUUGCUGGGGUGCUGAUACGCUUCGUGCGGGGGCGGUGCGGCAAUCGUGCGUGA